AUGCCUCCACGUGGUUUCACGAAUCCAGCCCCGAAAACCGAGAGUGCUCGCGAGGCUGUGAAAUCUUUUUACUGUGAAUUAUGCAGUAAAGGAUAUGCACGAAUGAACGAAUAUGAAUCUCAUCUCUCGUCAUACGAUCACUCCCAUAAACAACGCCUUAAGGAUAUGCGCCAACUAACUCGCGACCCGAUGGCCUCGACUAAAGCUCGAAAAGCAGAAGCUAAAGCAAAUUCUCAAUCCGGGUUGAUAUCAAUUAAGUUGGGUGGAGAGGCAAGCUUGGGUGCUGGAGCUACUGGUGGUGGAAGUUCAAAAAAAGGUGGUUUUAAGAAAUCGGGAUUCAAAAGUGCUUUUGCGCCAGGGAGUGGAGAGGGAACUGAUGCACCCAUUAAGGAUGAGAUUGAAGAGAAGAAUGGAGUAUGCAGUACUCUGGAAGUCAAAGGAGAAGACUUGGAGAGCGAUACCGAUGACGAACAAUCCGGGCAUGAGAUGUACGACCCGAGGCAUCCUACGGAUUGA